GCCUUAGCCUACCGUCUCGUCUGUGUCUCCCUCCCUGACCUCUGUGCCAGCCAUCGCCCUUCCGUCGCUCGUCCGCGGCUCAGCCUCUCUGCGUCACUUUCUCCCCUACCCCUUGACCUCCGUAACUCGGCGUGCCCUCCCUCUCUGGGGCUGAUUGGGCUCCGGCAGCUCCCUCUGGUUGCGAUUCGAAGUCCUCUCCGGUCACCAAUUAUCAUUAUCGAUCUGCGGUUGGUUUUUCUAAUACCGAUUGACUGAUCGCCUCUCUCUCGGUCGCUGGCUUUUGGUUUGAAGGUGGGUAAUGGCGUCAGGGUGGGGAAUAACAGGGAACAAGGGGAGGUGCUACGACUUCUGGAUGGAUUUCAGCGAGUGCAUGUCUCGUUGUAGGGAGCCCAAGGACUGCGCCCUCCUCCGCGAAGACUACCUCGAGUGCCUCCACCACUCCAAGGAGUUCCAACGAAGAAACCGGAUUUACAAGGAAGAGCAGCGAAAGCUCAGGGCAGCUAAACAGAAGGCUGGAGGUGGAGAUGGUGGUGAAACGCAUCAUCAUUAGCCCGCAGCUUUAUCAAUCUCAGUGAGAUCUUCAAAUAAGGUGUACGAGGAUAUCCUGUUGCUUGUGAUGUUCAUUUUGACAUUCACGAAAGAGUCGUGCUUUUAUGGAGCAUUUUCUUUUAUCGAUCUUUGGAAUGAGCAAGACAUUCAGCUUUGUAACAUUCAGUUUUGUCUUCCUACAAGUGAUGAUUGGAUGUGGUUCUGAUCUUGGCUCCAACAUCCCAAAUAAGGAGCCGUUCUUGGCGUACAA